AUGGGCAAAAUGCUGAGAAAAUUAGAAAUAUCCUCUGGAAAACUGGCCAGAUUUGCAGAUGGCUCUGCUGUAGUACAGUCAGGUGACACUGCGGUGAUGGUCACAGCGGUCAGUAAAACAAAACCUUCACCUUCCCAGUUCAUGCCUUUGGUGUUUUUUUUAAGUGCUUUGAAUUUUCUUCCAUUAUACCAGGUCCUUUGUAAUCUUUUAGCAGUAGAUGGUGUUAAUGAACCUGAUGUCCUAGCAAUUAAUGGAGCUUCUGUAGCCCUCUCAUUAUCAGAUAUUCCUUGGAAUGGACCUGUUGGGGCAGUACGAAUAGGAAUGAUUGGUGGAGAAUGUGUUGUUAACCCAACGCGAAAAGAAAUGUCUUCCAGUACUUUAAAUCUAGUGGUUGCUGGAGCACCUAAAAGUCAGAUUGUUAUGUUGGAAGCCUCUGCAGAGAACAUUUUACAGCAGGACUUUUGCCAUGCUAUCAAAGUGGGAAUGAAAUAUACCCAACAAAUAAUUCAGGGCAUUCAGCAGUUGGUAAAAGAAAUUGGCGUUACCAAGAGGACACCUCAGAAGUUAUUUACUCCUUCUCCAGAGAUUGUGAAACAUGCUCAUAAAGUGAGGACAACUACUCUUAAAACUGUCAGACCUUUUCAUAAAGCUUGGCUGGGUUUGUCAGAAAAAUUUACAGAGGUCGAUCCAUAUGAAAUAAUAGAAUCCUUCAACGUUGUUGCAAAGGAGGUUUUUAGAAGUAUUAUUCUGAAUGAAUACAAAAGGUGUGAUGGUCGAGAUAUGACGUCACUUAGGAAUAUAAGUUGUGAGGUAGAUAUGUUUAAAAUUCUUCAUGGAUCAGCAUUAUUUCAAAGGGGACAAACACAGGUGCUUUGUACUGUUACAUUUGAUUCAUUAGAAUCCAGUAUUAAGUCAGAUCAAAUUAUGACAGCUAUAAAUGGGAUAAAAGAUAAAAAUUUCAUGCUGCACUAUGAGUUUCCUCCUUAUGCAACAAAUGAAACUGGCAAAAUCACUGGUUUAAACAGAAGAGAACUUGGGCAUGGCGCUCUUGCUGAGAAAGCUUUGUAUCCUGUUAUUCCCAAAGAUUUUCCUUUCACCAUAAGAAUUACAUCUGAAGUCCUAGAGUCAAAUGGGUCAUCUUCUAUGGCAUCUGCAUGUGGUGGAAGUUUAGCAUUAAUGGAUGCAGGAGUUCCAAUUUCAUCUGCUGUCGCAGGUGUAGCAAUAGGAUUGGUCACCAAAAAUGAUCCUGAGAAGGGUGAAAUAGAAGAUUAUCGUUUGCUGACCGAUAUUUUGGGAAUUGAAGAUUACAAUGGUGACAUGGAUUUCAAAAUAGCCGGCACUAAUAAGGGAAUAACUGCAUUACAGGCUGAUAUUAAAUUACCUGGAAUACCAAUAAAAAUUGUAAUGGAGGCCAUUCAGCAAGCUUCAGUGGCAAAGAAGGAGAUAUUACAGAUAAUGAAUAAAACUAUUUCAAAACCUCGAGCAUCUAGAAAAGAAAAUGGACCUGUUGUAGAAACUGUUCAGGUCCCAUUAUCAAAACGAGCAAAAUUUGUUGGACCAGGUGGAUAUCAUCUAAAAAAACUUCAGGCUGAAACAGGUGUAACUAUUAGUCAGGUGGAUGAAGAAACAUAUUCUAUAUUUGCACCAACCCCUGGUGCUAUGCAUGAGGCAAGAGACUUCAUUACUGAAAUCUGCAAAGAUGAUCAGGAGCAGCAAUUAGAAUUUGGAGCAGUGUAUACCGCCACAAUAACUGAAAUCAGAGACAGUGGAGUAAUGGUAAAAUUAUAUCCAAAUAUGACUGCAGUACUACUUCAUAACACACAACUUGAUCAACGGAAGAUUAAACACCCCACUGCCCUGGGAUUAGAAGUUGGCCAAGAAAUUCAGGUGAAAUACUUCGGACGUGAUCCAGCGGAUGGAAGAAUGAGGCUUUCUCGUAAAGUGCUUCAGUCUCCAGCUACAACUGUUGUCAAAACUUUAAAUGACAGAAGCAGUAUUGUUAUGGGAGAACCUAUUUCACAGACAUCAUCUAAUUCUUCCUAGUGAUUUUUUUAAAGAGAAUUCUAGGGUGAUAUGCUGUAGAGAAAAAUUUUAGUAUCUUCUGAUGUGUAGAUUUAUACAUAGUAUAAAUAUAUUCUAAUUAUUUGUAUUAAAAUGCUCAUUUACACGUGCCAUUUUUUGUUUCAAGAGCAACUCAUAUUCUUUUAAUCUUAUUUACAUUACAAAUCAAUAAAUAUUUAUUAUUAAAAGUAAAUCAUUUAUACAUCUUA